GCCUGUUGCCUAAGGACCCGGACUUGCUGACCCCGGCUUCUUUCCUCCCUGGGCAAGCGACUUCUGCGUCAGGAUGGACAGACACGUCCUGUUGGUCUUCUUCCUGUUCUGCUGCUUUGCGGCAGGGACAGCGCUCAAGUGCAUAACCUGCCACCUUCACCUGACCUCAGAUCGCUGUAGAAGUGGCUUUGGAGUUUGUGUUGCUAAGGAGGAAGAGAAGUGUAUGACUUUAAAGGUCUACAACUUCGGACGGAAACACCUGCUGUCCUACAUGGUGUGCCAGAGGUUCUGCAGAGCCAUGAAGUUCCUGCACCACGGUCGGUAUUUCUUCCACGAGUGCUGCGACCAGAAUUACUGCAACUUCAAACUGGGAGGAACUGGCGCGACCACACUCCAAGGAGGCGACCCCCGAGAGGCCCAGUGCAGAAACAUUGACAGGACUAUUCUAGAACCUUGUGAUUCGCUUGGAUCGUUGAGGUAA